AUUCCGGCCAUGGGUAAUAAGAGAAGAGGUGUCAUUCAUUGCAAUUCAUUCGUCAUCUCAGACAUUUAACUCUAACGAUUUAAUUAUUUCUGGGAGGAAAUGCGCAACAGUUUGCUUAAAGUAAUAGCUUAUUAAAGUAUGAGUGUAGUUGCCCCACGAAGGGGUUAGUAUUGGUUCAAAAUUAAAUACAUUCCCCCUUAGCUUGCAAUGCAUGAUUGCUGUGUGUGUGUAAUUGAGCUUAACUCUACUACUCUCAGGGUUUUCUGACGGUUUCAUUUGAGUAUGCUGCCGUUUUAGACUAGUUCUGUGAGACUUCACUAUCGGAUGAGUAUGUACUUCGCAACUUGCAUAGCAUACACAUAUUACAUAUACUCGUAUAUGGAAUACCUUCUAAAAAUUACUUUCGAAACUGUAAACAUUACUUCAUGGUGUAUGCACAGGAAGUUACAUUCGUAACUGUAUUUUAUACUGCAAGCGGCUAAUAAAAAGGAAACAGAAAACUAUAAUUUUUCCUUUAUUCGUAUAAAUAAAUCUAUGAUAUAUGUAUAUCUUCGAGUGUGGUGAUUGCGAUCGUUAAUGCACUAGUAUUAAUCGGUUAGCAAUAAGCAUAAGUUGGUUCAUAGCUGCAUUACAGAGCAGCACUUUAUAAGUAGUCCAAUUUAGUGAGAUCGGACCAAAUUUUUUACAAGAUAGUUUCUCACACACUCGUACGUAGAAUUGGUCGGCCGGAUAUGCAAUGACAGUAGAUUAACUCUAAGUAUACACACACAUGUACAUACAUAUAUAUACAUACAUAUCUAUGCAAGUAUUUUCUUUCGGAUAUUUUAUAUAUUCACGAAACAGUGCCAAAGCUCGAGAAUUUGAAGACAUUCCUGAAUUUCGUACUGAGAAAAAAAUAAAAUAAGAUUUAAAAAUUAAACACAUUUCAUGGAAAAUAGUAAAAGCACUUAAAAAUGUGAACUGCAAAAUAGAAAAGUCUGUAGCAAAAUCAGAAUUAGGAAACAAAUGAAUAAAUAUCAAAGAGUUAAAAAAGUAUCAAAAUGUUCAAAAUUUUAAUUUUUUGCAAUCCAAAAUCUAUUGAAACCAUAAAAACACUAUAUUUGAAAAUUUUGGCCAGUUUUUGUGUUAAAAUAAGAUCAAAUGCGGAAUGCAUGAGGAAGUCACCAAAGCAGAAGUCUCAAAUCAUAUCAGCCAUCAUGUCUCCGAACGAGUGAAAUUAUACGAAGCCAGCAUGAAGGAAUCAGCAUCACCAUCUCAUUUGAAAAUUAACAAAAACAACAACAUACGCUGCGUUGUGCCAGUAGGUGUAUCGAUUGUAUUAUUCACUUUGUAUUUAGCAACAACAGCCGUACAUUCGAACUAUGGUAAUCACGGUAACUCGGAAGAAUGGAAAGACAAGGAAAUUGGUCGAGCAGCAGCAGAAAGUGAAACGCAAGAAGCGCUUAAUCGUAUAAAAAUACUUGAAAAGCUAUUGGAAUUCAAAGACCUUUGUACCGAGCUGGAAGUAUUUACAAAAGAUCUGCGUUGGGUAAAUGAGAUUAUUGAGAAAGAUCAGUACACGGAAGUCGAAGCUGAAUGUGAAGAUAUGAUUAAAGAAUCAAUGGAAGCGAGUGGCUGUGGUGAAAGUAAUGAUGGAGAAAUUGAGCGAUCUGAACUUAUCGAUCAUGAAAAAAGGAAAUAUAGUCGUCGAGGAGGACACCGGCGUUUUGCUAUGAAAAACAAUAAAAAUAAAAAUAAUAAGAACAACCACAGUACUACUAAUAAUAACGGUAAGAAGGAACAGCUAAAAACAGCUAAAAAGGCAAAUACUGCAGAACCUAUCAUCUAUGUCUUCGCUCUGGUCUUCAUAUAUUUACUGCUAAAAGCCGCAUCGGAUAUAAAUCAACAUUACAAAUCGCAAAACAAAGGAGACAAAAGACUACGUCGUUGCUCCUUGCAAUCCUACGCGCAGACACACAAACAAGAUCGUCGUGCUUCUAAAGAUACGCCGAAUAAGAGAUCAAACCGAGAGUUAAUCUUGCAAAUGCGUUCGAAUUCAGUUGACCGAUUUAAUGAAACCGCAAAGAAAAAAUCCGAAUUACUUGCUAAUUUGCGAAAAUUCACAUCAUUCGACGAACAUAAUCGUUUAACGAGCGUACAGAACCGGGUCCCUGGGCUAGCACCAGUGCCUCCGUGGGAGUCCGAGGUUUGUGGAGAAGCUGUUGUGAAAUGUUUAGAGAGUAUUGCACCAAAUGUAUCAAAUCGACGUUGCUCUGUGCCAGUUACAGUCAAUUUUCAACGCCACAGUUUUAGAGCCAAUCUAUUACCGAGCUCGGCAUUGGCUCGAAGGACUUCCAUAUCGGGCGUUUACACUGGGCCAGAGGGGAAUUCAUGUGAUUAUGGGCAAGAGAUGCCAUUUCAUGAAAUCAAACGACGUGUACGAAUGAUUAAUCGACACUAAAAACAUAAUUGUACUUCAUAUACUCGUACAUACAUUGGUGUAUGUCUGCACAUUCAUAUUCUUGUAUGUAUAAUUUUAUACAUAUAUAAUUGGUGCUCUGCAACCGCUGUAGCGCUUUUCGGCCGAGCUCCUUCUCCGAUUUGUGGUGUGCGUCUUAAUGUUUUUCCUUCACAUAAAGGGAUCUACAGGUUAUACUAAGCCACCUCCGAACGGUUGGUGGUUUUAAUGAUGAACUUGUUAAUUCAUGCCAGAAAUAUUUUCGGAAAAACUUUUAUUUUAAAAAUAGUCUAUAAUUUUUGGGUGCUGGUCGGAUCAGGACUUGAGCACUGGCCUCCCGAAUCACAGAACCUACUGCUAACCACUCGGCUAUCGCACCGUGUGACUUAUGCUUACACAUUUUUUGGUAUACAUACAUAUCUACAUACAUAGAUCCUUAUGGAACUACUAUUUCCGACGAUUCCGAAAACAAAUCGACAGAUGUGAAAUUUACACUACAAACCCAAAGAAUUUUUCAACUUCAUUUCUGUGGGUAAAAAAUUAUUCUUUAUUAUUUAAAAACAUUUUGAAAAUAUUACAAAUAUUUUAUAUUUUAUUACGUAAAGUAUAUUAGUAAUAAAGUGGUGGCACACACGCAGGGCGAACUUUUAUGUUGUUUGCCAGGAAGUGCGAUAUAUCAGGAGAAAAGUGUAAAAAGUCAAGGUUCUCAUUAAUUAUUUUCUUAAUACUUAUUAACUUUUCAUCAUAAGAACCAAAAAAACAAUUUAUUUCGAACAUCAACAUGACCAUAUUAGGAUUGUUCGAACAAAAACUUUGUAGUUCUGCCACUCUUUAUAAUUAAUACACUUUGGCUUUUAUAUGAACAGUAUGCGUUGAUAUCUGAUACCAGUUUUCGAAAAAAAUGCUUUUUAUAUAUUCUUAUUGUUUUAUUAAAUACGCGCUAGUGGAAGUUUAUACACAUCUAAAUUUUAUUUAUAUAAGUAUAACUACUGGACACUAUUUUAAUUAUUAUACGAAACAUCUGUGAAAAUA